AUGGCAGCCAAGACCAUCAUUGUCACAGGAGCCUCCAGAGGUAUCGGUCUUGCUGUGGCCAAGUAUCUGCUCACGGCACCCCAGUCCCAUAAUGUGGUGGUGGUAGCCCGCAGCAUUGAACCCCUCCAAAAGCUCAAGGAGCAAUACGGCAAACAGGUGGCAGUCCUGAAUGGCGAUCUGGCAGACUUUUCUCUUGCCCAACAGGCUGUCGAUAUAGCCAUCAAGAGCUUCGGUCAGCUCGAUGGAAUGGUCCUCAACCACGGCGUGCUAGGCCAGAUCGGCAAAAUUGCCGACGCUGAUGUGCAACAGUGGAAAGAAGGCUUUGAUAUCAAUUUCUUGAGCUUGGUCGCUUUUGCUAAGGCGGCUCUCCCGGCUCUUCGUGAGUCCAAGGGUAAAGUAAUCUUCACUUCUUCCGGUGCAGCAGCCGCCGGCACCGGUUACCGCGGUUGGGGUCUCUAUGCUGCAACCAAAGCCGCCAUGAACAACUUCGCCAUGAGCCUGGGUGCCGAAGAACCCGACGUCACCACCGUUUCUAUCAGACCUGGUAUGGUCGACACCGAGAUGCAGCGCGCUCUACGGGAGGACCAUGCUACGGGACUGGACGCCGAAAUGCACUCCAAGUUCACUGGAGUCCACGAGACUGGCAAACUCCUCAAGCCCGAGCAGCCUGGCCAUGUCAUGGCCAAGUUGGUGCUUGAUGCGCCGAAGGAACUCAGUGGUGGUUUCUAUUCAUGGAACUCCAAGGAGCUCGAGGGUUUCCAGGAAUAA